CAAUGAAAGGGAAAAACGCAUUGUUUAAGCAAAAAAAAGGCAGCAUUUAGAUUCAGGAGCCUCGCUGCCUCCUCUUCUCGUGAACGCAUUUGCUAAUCAUUCUCCAUAAAAACCUCUCCUAUCAUCUCUAUAGACAUCAUUCUUAUUCCCACUCCUUCACCUUUUUAUUGUUUUAUAAGCUUUUCCCACUUCCAAAAAUGGCGGAAACCGAAUCUUCCACCUUAUGGAUAGAGCUCUCUCAUACCAAGAUGAGAUUUUGAAGCAGCCCUCUUCUGCAUUGUCGCAUUGGGUGUCGAAAUCUGUCAAAUUCUUGAAAAACAAAGCUACAAAUUCGAGCAAAAGGUAUCAUUUUGAUGGAAUGGUAGUGAACAACUCUGUGUAUUGUGAUUCGAUCGAGGAGAAAAUGGAGGUGUUGAUGAAUGAAGAAGAUGAGAAUAAGUGUGGUAAAGUUGGAGAGUUGAAGGAUUUGAAUGAAGAAGAAAGCGGUUCGAGCUCUGAAUUUUUGGCCUCUGAGGUUAGUCUGUGUGAUGAAAAUAGCAGCACUGAACAAUCAUCUUCGCCAUCUCUGAAGGAGCCGCAUUUGGAUAAGAGGAAAUUAGUUAAACAAGGAUCCUGUGUUUCAGAGAGUGAGAUGAUGAAAGAAAGAUUUGCAAAAUUGCUGCUUGGUGAAGACAUGUCUGGUUGUGGCAAUGGGGUUUGCACUGCUCUGGCUAUAUCAAAUGCUAUUACCAAUCUCUGUGCUACACUUUUUGGUCAAAUUUGGAGACUAGAGCCUCUGCAGUCGGAGAAGAAACUCAUGUGGCGGAGGGAAAUGGAGUGGAUUCUGUGUGUUAGUGAUCAGAUUGUGGAAUUGGUACCUUCUUGGCAGACAUUCCCUGAUGGCACCAAACUUGAGGUCAUGACUUCCAGGCCGCGGGUGGAUCUGUACGUUAACCUCCCUGCAUUGCGUAAAUUGGACAACAUGCUACUCGAAAUAUUGGAGAGUUUUGAGGGGUCAGAGUUUUGGUAUGUUGAGCAAGGGAUAGUAGCCUCAGAGAGCGAUGGCACGACAUCCUUCCGCAAGCCCCUCCCUAAUCAACAAGACAAAUGGUGGCUCCCCGUUCCCCGAGUCCCACCUGGUGGCCUCAGCCAAGAUUCUAGAAGGAUGUUGCAGCACAGGCGCGACUCCACAAACCAGAUCCAUAAAGCUGCAAUGGCUAUCAACAAUGCUGCACUAGCUGAAAUGGAUGUACCUGAUUCAUAUCUAGAAUCUCUUCCAAAGAAUGGGAAAGCAAGCUUAGGGGAUGUGAUCCACAGAUACAUCAGCAGUGAUCAGUUCUCGCCCGAGUGUUUGCUGGACUGCCUGGACUUGUCAUCCGAGCACCACGCCACAGAGGUUGCCAACAGAUUGGAGGCCACCAUUCACGUGUGGCGGAGAAAGAUGAGCUCAAAGCCAUUACACGGCAGCACACAGAGAUCAAAUUCAAGAUCAUCAUGGGAAAUGGCUAAGGAUUUUGUUAGUGAUGCGGACAGACGAGUCGUGCUUGCAGGGAGGGCUGAGAGCCUCCUCCUCUGCUUGAAACUGAGGUUUCCUGGUCUUCCUCAGACCACUCUUGACAUGUGCAAAAUCCAAUACAACAAGGAUGUGGGAAAAUCUAUAUUAGAGAGCUACUCAAGAGUUCUUGAGAGCCUAGCAUUUAACAUCGUGGCACGUAUAGAUGAUCUACUAUAUGUGGAUGACUUGUCGAAGCAUUCGGAUCAGCUUAUCUCAAUCUCCAAAGUUGGUGUGAUCACUAACAAGAAUGUGGGGUUCAAGGCAACCUAUGCACCUCUGAACUUCUCAUCAGCUUCGCCGCUCAUCAGCACCCCUGCCAAGGGAGAGAGAACGGUGCCUCACACCGAGAGAAGAAAGCUCCCACUUGGUGGAUUUGGAGUGAAGAAGAUCUUGACAGAUUAUCUUAGCAUUGAUGGUAAAGGGAAGGAGAUGAGCGGCAUGGAGAGAUCGGAUUCAUUUUCGAGCACCACACGAGAGAUAUCUUCGUCUCCAUCUCUUGAAUAUUUUUGAGGUUUGAUUGAGGCCUAAUUAGUUCCUUCAUGUCAUGGUUCUUUGACAAAGUUUAUAUUCACUUUUUUUUAUUUUAUUUUUUAUUUUUUAUGUAAAUGGGGAGAAAGACUAGUGUUUUGGAGUUGGAUGUUUUGUAUAUUUAUGUUUUUAUUGUAUCAA